AUGUUGGAGUUGCAACCUCAGGCUGCUUGUUUUUAUUUUUAAAUGCAAAUUGGGAAUAUUAUUAAGUGACAGUCUUUUAUUUUUUAUUGUUUGGCUUGUAUUCAAAUUAUGAUGCACGUCGUUUAUGGGUUACAAUCGGUGAAUGUUGUUGAGAUGCAAAAUAUGGGCGUAUAGCACGGUUUAUAUAGCGUGAUCAAAGUUAGAUUCAAGGAAGUGGGUUUGUUUUUUAGAAUUCAAUUUCGUUUUGCUUGUAGCUUUUGUUAUAUAACCAUUCGUCGUUUGCUUUCAGAUCUUGCUCGUCUAUGUACAUACAAGGCAUGAAUUGGAGUGGGCAUCUGGAGAGCCUCCUGUUUCCGCCUCCUCGUGUUGCUUUACUACCAUGAGCAGUUCCACUCCAUCCACAGCUAAUGGCACUGACAGUAAAACGUAUAAAGGAGAACGAUCUCCUUGUGGCCCUUCCCGCGUCCUCCACGUCCGCAAAGUUCCCAUCGAAGUGUCUGAGGCAGAGGUCAUCUCACUAGGAGUCCCUUUCGGCAAAGUCACCAACCUGUUGAUGCUUAAAGGGAAAAACCAAGCUUUUAUAGAAAUGGCUUCUGAAGAAGCAGCAAUCACCAUGGUCAACUACUACACCACAGCCACACCCCAUGUCCGCAACCAGCCCGUCUACAUCCAGUACUCCAACCACCGUGAGCUCAAGACUGAUAAUCUGCUCAAUCAGGGGAGGGCUCAGGCUGCUCUGCAAGCUGUCAAUGCAGUGCAUUCUGGGAAUAUGAGUCUCUCUGGGACUGCGACAGCCAGUGACGGUGGAAUGAUGCCUGGACAAAGUCCUGUGCUUCGUAUCAUCGUAGAGAAUCUCUACUACCCAGUGUCUCUAGAAGUGCUACACCAGAUCUUCUCAAAAUUUGGAACGGUCCUGAAGAUCAUUACCUUCACCAAGAACAACCAGUUCCAGGCCUUGCUACAAUACGCAGAUCCAAUGAACGCACAUCACGCCAAAGUGGCUUUGGAUGGGCAGAACAUCUACAACGGCUGCUGCACUCUCCGUGUUGAAUUCUCCAAGCUGACCAGUCUGAAUGUGAAGUACAACAACGACAAGAGCAGAGACUUCACACGUCUAGACCUGCCCUCAGGGGACGGGCAGCCCACGCUGGACCCCUCCAUGCAGACCGCUUUUGGGGCUCCUGGGAUCAUUUCCUCUCCAUACCCCGGGGCGCCUGGUUUCGCUCCUGCUAUCGGUUUCCAUCAGGCAGGUCUGUCUAUGCAGGCCAUGCCUGGUGCUCUGGGACCUCUCACCAUCCCUUCAUCAGCAAUGACAGGACGGAUGACCAUCCACGGCAUGACUCCCACCACCAUCCACUCUGUGCUCCUCGUCUCCAACCUCAACCCUGAAAGCAUAUCACCACACGGGCUCUUCAUUUUAUUCGGAGUGUACGGAGAUGUUCACAGAGUCAAGAUUCUGUUCAACAAGAAAGAGAAUGCCUUAAUACAGAUGGCAGACGCCACGCAAGCCCAGCUCGCGAUGAGUCAUUUGAACGGUCAGCGUCUGUAUGGUAAGGUGAUCCGUGUGACCAUCUCCAAGCACCAGACGGUGCAGCUCCCCAGGGAGGGUCAGGAGGACCAGGGCCUGACCAAAGACUUCAGUGGGAGCCCGCUGCACCGCUUCAAAAAGCCCGGCUCCAAGAACUUCCAGAACAUCUUCCCUCCCUCCGCCACCCUGCACCUCUCAAACAUCCCUCCCUCCACUACGGAUGAUUUUCUGAAAGACCUGUUUGCCGGUUCUGGAUACACAGUCAAGGCCUUCAAGUUUUUCCAGAAAGACCGCAAGAUGGCGCUGAUCCAGCUGGGUUCGGUGGAAGAAGCCAUCCAGGCUCUUAUCGACCUCCACGACCAUGACCUUGGAGAAAACCACCAUCUGCGAGUGUCCUUCUCCAAAUCCACCAUCUAGCACCGCCUUCACUACAAACACACCCUUUCCCCAUCCUCCCCGUUCCAGCCCUUCAACCUUCAGCAGUCUGACUGUUUCGUUCAGAGAAUAAGACUGGCUGACAAACUAUAAAAAAACUAUUAUAGAUAUUCAUGGGGUAGUUUUAGAGAUUUUCAAAAGAAAAGACAAAAAAGCAAAUAAGAGACUACUGCAGAACCUUUAGACAGUUUCAGAGUGAGUAUGAUUUACUCUCACGAAACCAGGGCUGAAGACACAUGGGAUAUCCAUGACAAUGUGACAUUUCUGGGAACCUCUGUGUGGAGGAAGAAGGACUCCCCCUUUAGUCGACUGGCAAGGACUUUGUUGUUGUGAAACACAAACUAACAUGAGAACAUUCUCAAAAAAGUCAAUGCUGAGGAAGUUUCCUCACUGCACACUUGCCGAUUACAUUGGAGACUGACUCUCCUGUAGCCCAAUGGCCUUGUUACCCCAGAUCUAAUGAGGGCAGAUUCUCCUCUGUGCCUCCUCCCAAAAAUAACACCUUCAUUUUCACUGGCUAUUUCAACGGAGCACCGCAUUUCCCGUGGGAUGUGUUGAACGCAUCAUCAAGGUGCUGCUGGAGAAAGAAAAUCUGUAGCGACGGUCUCAACCAAUGGGCUUGUCCUUUUUCUUCAGAGUAGCAUUAAAACAAGAGUGCUAUGGAUUCAAGAAUGAGUGCAUUUAAAAAUCGCAGCAUACAAAUCUUUUGUUUCUCAGCACUUUGAUUUGAAAUGAAGACAGGCACCGUGGGGAAUGUUUGGCAUCCUCAUAUCUGUUUACUGUGCAAAGAUGUAUAGCCAGAUGGUAGGCAUCUGUGAAUAGAUAGUGAAUGGCGUGAUUUGUUUUGUUUUUUCUUGUAUUAUGAAAAUUUUAUAUCAGACAGACCAGCCUUUUGUGGGCUCUCUGCACCUGCAAUGCUGUCAGAGAAAAUCUGUGUGCAAUGGCGCGAUGUCAUUGUCCAGUUGAUCGGGUUCCUUUGAACCGGGGCGAACAUUUUCAAACAUGCUCGAUCAUUCCGGAAAACUUACGGCCAGCUGUCAACUUUACUGGAACGCUCCAAUCAGCAACGCCCAGCCUGAUAGUAGGCUCCGCCUCCUAAGUGAAAUUCCCAAUGUGAAUGGUAUAGCCCGUGAUCUCGAUGGGAAAUUGAUGAUUUCCUCCAUUCUGUUCCCCUUCUUGCUCUCAGUUGAGUCUUUUCCUUUCGUUCUUCUUGUUCUCCAUCUUUCCACACAGGGGCAGAAGGUCCUGUGCUCGUUACUCUGUUCUUUCACUCCUCGCCUUUGGCCAAAGGUGUGAGAGUUUCAGCCAUGGGCUCUGUAGAAACCGUAGUGAAGCUCAUUGAGUCACAGCAAAAGAAAAGAGGGCGGCACUCUCUCUUGCCUUGCAGUCCCAACUAAAUGCCUCUGCAUCUGACCAAACCAAAUAUUAAAGGAAAGAGCGAUUCAGAAUGAGUUGAAGAUGCCGCCUAGUUCCCAAACCUAGUGAGCUGCUGCAUGAAUUGCAUAAUUGCCAUGAAAGCCCAUAAGUGACUGAUCUGGAGAGCUCUAAAACGGACUAAUAGCACAGGAAACUCACCUCCAAUAGAGUCCAGGCCAGAGGUUUUCUUCUAGAGGUCGAGAUGUUCUUCUAUGCCAAUUACACAAAGACUUUGGCAUCAUGGAAAUGCUUGCAUGCUCCAAAUAUACUCCAAAACUAGCAUCUCCUUCAUUGAUUCUGUUAAAAAAAUCAAUACAUUACAAGUUUUGAGCAGCGUUUGAAGGAUAGCAUUGGAUUUGAUUGAUUUUAGUACAGUUAGCAUGCUGCUAAGCUAAUGAGUCUAAUCGUAGAAAUGCAUUGCACAUGUCAAUAUUGAGCUUCUGUUAUGAAUUCUUUACACUUAUUACAGUGUUAGACUUUAAAUGUUGCUAAGCUAAUAAUGUGGUGUGGUGCGACACAACAGUAAAUUGAUGCCCUGGACAAAUGGAUUUAGAAAUUUGACUUGUUUUCAGUAAAGACAGUCUAGAGAUGCUGCAGUGCACCUCGACAAACAUCACUCACUGCAUAAAUGUAAAAAUACAUAGAACAUACUCAAUAUUUGCUUGUGCUAUGCAUUUCUACACUUCAGGUAUCACAACAUUAGCCUAGCAACAUGCUAAUGUCAAGCUCUGGAAUGAGUAGAUUCAUAUGAUUGAUUCAUUUUAGGGUGUUUCGGCCUGAAGUCAAAAUUUUUAAACAGGUUAAACAAAUUUAUAGAUAUUUUUCUUCAGUGAGUUAUAAGUAUAUUCCUUACCGACAUUUGCCUUGUUUCGCCCACCGUCUUGAAUGAGCUUCACAGUGCAUUCUGGGGUUGCCUUACAACGGUUACAUGCAGUGCUGCCUUAGAUUUGGCCAAAAUUGGAUAUCCUAGAAGGAUGGAACAGCCUUCGUGCCAGGAGCGCACCUGUGAUGCCUUAAAAUGUCAUUUAAAUAGGAAGCUCACUAGGUUUUGGAUCAUGGCAAUGGUGUGCAUAUACAAAAUCUGAUUCUGUAUAUGUAUAUGUAUAUGUAUGUUUAGUAAGUACUAAUGUAUAAUCACUGUUUUCAUUGGGACUGUCUGGGAUAUAUGAUGACUCGCUUGUGCGUACGAUGCAAGGUGCUGUUUCAUUUAGUGAAAAUCUGGCCUUAACAUUCCUAGGAAGGUCACUGUAGACCUGUUGAGUAGCAUCUAAAGGGAGCAGCUUCGAUGCCUGUGCGCUAUAUCCUCUAUCAGUGUCCAUUUGAAUCACAGUUAUGAAAUGAAUCAACAAUCUUCAUGUUCAUGCAAGGCAAGGGGUAGUGGCUUUUUUUUGUCUUUGACCGAUUUCACCUGAAGCGAUUCCAAACUUCACUUUCACUUCUCAAAAGAAAUUGAAUUUUGUUGAAGUUUACAGUCUUACAGUCAAAACUAUUCAGGUCUAUAUAUCUUAAGGAUUGUCAAGAUUUUUUGAGAAAAAAAAGUUACUUAUUUUUGGUAAUUUGUUCUUUUUUAUGGAAGAGAAAAACAUCAAAUUUGAAACCUCAUCGGGUUUUUCUACCACUAUAAUCAUUCAAGAAAUAUUGGUGAAAAAAAAAUCAUAUUUACUGUGUAUUUACCUAAUUUCUUAUUACGUGCCUUAUUAUGUGUUCAUAAUCAAAUAGGUUUUAGAAAUUUUACCUAAAAUAUCCUAUGUACUAUUUUGUGGGAUUGGUGAGAGGGUUGAUUUAUUUUGAUCUUGAUUUGUAUUUUAAUUUUUUUGUUGUGUAGCUUAUAGAUGUACAUUUUGUGGGGACUCAGUACCAUGUGGUCUUAAUAUGAAAUGAGAUGUAAGUUAUGAUGUAUGGUGCUGUGAAUGCUCUUAUUAGAAAAAUGAACGGUGAACUCAGCGAUGUUCAGAGCAUGCUGUGGGUCUCUAUUCUCCCUCGCUGAUGAUUGUGUGUGUGUGUGUGUGUGUGUGUGUGUGUGUGUGUGUACAUAUGUAUGCUAGACCCGCGUACCAUUGUUACAUAAAGCCUCUCUAGGCCACAAUUAUGUUCCUCCCAUCUCUGAUAUAAAUAUUUUGCGCUCAGAGAUGGAGGUUGCUGUAAGCUUGCGUAUUGUUCUUAUUAAAUAGUAUGAAUUUAUGAGCUGUUAUGAGCACAUCUGUGAAGUUUCUGUUCUUUUCUAUGUGAUCACACUUUUUCGCCAAGCGAAUUGUUAAAACAAGGGCAAGAAAAAUUCUGUGACUUUCAUUAAAGGAGCCACCCAAAUCAUAUCUAGAGUAGUGGUCGACUGAUAUAUAUCACCAAGGUGUAUCACCAAUUCUGUUUACCCAAUAUAUCAGAAGUGGGACUUUUAUUUUGACGUCGCAGGACAUUUAUUCUGGCAGCGCCCGUUCUCCAUCUUCAUUAGUUUACCGUCUCUGUUUAACAGUUUUGACUAAUAAAUUAGUACACAGAACUAUACUAAAAAGUAUUGUAAAACUAUAGUAAUACUUUUUUUUUCUACCGUCAUCAAAUGCGCGUGCAAUUUAAUCAAAAGACUUUAAAUAUGUAGUAAAUUUGACUUGCAAACUUUACCUUCUAAUUAAAUCUAUUAAUUUCAUUAAGUUCAACUAUUUUUUAUUUAUUUAUACAUUUUUCAAAUUCUAACAUUCAGUAAAUAUUAUGUAAAAUAAAUAUGCAUUUCAUUUAUGUGUGCAUGUGUUUUUACGAUCUUUAUAUGAAACAGUGUGAUAUAUCAUAUUUAUAUCGGCCACCUUGCUCUCUAAUUAAUCAAAAUCGGUCGACCACUAAUCUAGAGACUCGGAGGUGGGUCCUUUUUACUUUGGGCCAGUAAGUAACCGCCUAGCAACCAUCACAACACCCUAGCAACCGCAUAGCAAUGCAUUAAAGCCACUCUGAACAUCUUCGCAACCAUAUAGCAACAUUCUGGCAACCUCCCACAAACCAUAAUGUAAUGCCGGCGAGUUUUUCAUGAGAAUGACCGCUCAGAAAUCAAUAUCUGCCAAUGUGGACUGUAUCAUAUAUCUGCUUGGUAUCAUCUCUAAUCGUCUGAAUGUGCCUCAGAACGAGUGCGCAGAGACCCAGAAGCCCACAGCAUUCACUCUGAGUGUUCAGGUCUGCCUUCCAGUGAUGCUGAUGUCUGAGACCUCCGCCUGUGUGUUUUGGAGUUGUGUCUUAUUUACUGUAUCUUAUUAUUGAUUUAUUUUAGGGGUUUAGGCCUGUUUCGUUCUUGCUCUUUUGUGAUACUUUUUGCUCUUUUUUUGGGGGGGGGGGGGGGGGGGGUGUUGAUUUUCUUUAUUAAGAGUGUGAAAACUGGUUCAAGAUUGUUGUCUGUCACUCUGCCUCUUUACAAAAGCAGAUCUGGGUCUGUAAAUCCACCGAUGUGUGCGAACGGGAACGAGGGCGAUUGCUAAAGGUCAGGGCCGUCAGAAGCGCUCGGAAAGGCAAAAUAUACGCAGCCGCGCAAGCAGAAAGUCGAUCUGCUUCCAAGCUGCGAUGCUUUUUAUUUAUCAACAGGAGAAAAGCCAGACUCCAUAAACGUGUCCGCGAAGUCGCAAGAAGUCACUUGUUUUUGUUUCUCGAAGCGAAACAUUUUCCAACCACGUCUUGACUCAGGCAACAACGUUCCUCUGUGCUGUAAGACAUUUUCUCAUCGAUAUCCGCGCUCACUCACACACGUGUAUGUUUUUGUUUCAGGUUUUUUUUUACUGAAAAAGUCACAAAUAAUGCAGGACCAAAGUUUAUGUGCCUUUCAUCUAGCUUAUUUGUAACUUAUUUCCUGGCUGUAUAUCAGAAACCAACAAACGUCUUGUAUUUCCCACUCUCGAUCGUGUUACGAGUCUGUUCUGUUCGUUUCCCUCAGAAAGGUCAAGCCAUAUCCUUUCCCCCGUCAAACCAGAUUCUGAAUGUGUUACCAGGCCCUCAUGGAUUCAUUCGAACCGCCUUACACUUUCAGUAUUUCAUGAACAGCUCACCACGAUCUGUAAAACAGAAAAGCGGUUACACUUUUUGCUUAUAUCGUCAUCGAUUCCAUUAAAAAGCUUUACUCUAAAACGUACGAGACCAUAACGACAAACUAACCACUGAAACCAAAGGACUUGAUUGAAUUGAAAUCGAUUGAAUCGCUUUAUUACAAUGCAAUUGACCCUUACGAUCUAAACAAUUUCAAUUUCAGCCAUGAUGCUUUCUAUUUUCUUCUCGCGACUAAAUUUAUGGGCUUUUAUUAUGAAAAUUGCCUGGUGUCAUUUGCAUAAAAGGGAGGGGCUAGACUAAAUUAGCGUACUGACGUGUGGCUCAAGCACAGCGCACACACAGAAGUGCCUGAGUCGAUCUCAGGAUGCUUCGACACGCAAUGAAAUACCUAAUUUAUAGUUAUUAUGAAUGUUUCACUACCAAACGGAAACAAAUGCUGUAUAUAUAUGUUCCCUUAUUAUUUUAUUGUUAACCUGGCCAAAAAAAUGUUUAAAAUGGUUUCGGGGAACAAGAUACACACACACACACCAAUAUGAACUGGUUUUUAUAUUUAUGGAAAUUAACAUAAGAACACAGUUUGUCUUCUGUAUUUUGAUAUCAUACCAGUACCAGCUUUCAUUUGUAAAGCCGUUUGUGUGACUUGUGGGAAUUGGGGAGAGAGAUGAGCGUAUCCAGUUUAUGAGUUUGAUGUAAUAAAUGCAAAUAGAAGAUAAACUAUUAAAGAAACAUAUUUUCUAAUUUUUGCAGUGCAUGAUUGAGUGGAGAUUUUCUUUGUAUUUUUAUUUUUUAUUUGUUUUUGUAGAAAGCGUUUCUUUUUCUGUUCCUGAAUGGCGUAUUAUUAUGCAUACUCAUUAUUAGAGUUAUUAUUCUUAUUACCCACCCUGCUGACGUUUUCCUAAUCAACUUUAAUUGUAGCAUGCCUUGAAUAAAUGUCAUGACAUCUGUA